AUGUCAGAAAAGUUCAUUACAAAAAAACAGAAAAAUGAAGGCAAGGCUAAAUCUUAAAAUUAGAAAACAAGGUUUCUGAACGACAAGGAAGAAAGUGAGUAGCCUGCUCAGAUGAGAAAUGCAUAACGGUUUUUUCGAAAACCAAAGGCAACUUAGGAGAUGAUUACACUUCCUCAGCCAUCUAUCCAGUAUGCUCAUCCAGUAAUUAAUAUAAAAUUUAACUCUUUUUAGUAUGUUCCAAAACCAAUUCCCGUACCUGAAGCAAUCAAAUAGAUAGACAAGAAAAUUAAGGCUUAUCGCAGAUUGAUGGAGAGGGAGAGACAAGAGAAAUUGCAGCGAGAACAACAAGAGAUGCAGAGAUUAAACGAGUAAGAGGAGGAUCAAAAAAGAGCCAUAGAUUUUAUGACAAACCCCUAGAUAAUUGAUUAAUAAGAGCCAGAGUAAGAGCAAGAAGAGGAUGAAUAAGACUUGCUAUCUGAGGAACCAAGAGUCGAAGCUCAGUAACCGAUAUCAAUCAGCGAGAAGGUUUCAUAUUCUGAGGCAGUAAAAAAGAGAGAAUAGAUCUACGAUCACACACUUCAAAGGAUGUAUGAAAAAAGAUAAAACCCAGUGUUGUUUGCAAAAUUUAAGAAGAAGCCUCCCAUUUUGAACAUCACAUCGAAAAAUAAGAUAUCAAAGGGGAAUGGAAGGAUGGAUCCCGAAGAGCAUAAGUUGAGAGUGUAUAAUAGGGAAAAUGUGCCUACAAUGCCAGAUUUGAUAAUUCCCUCGUUCACAAUAAAGAAGGAUCAGAUGGCUAAAAACAUCUUGGCAUAUUUAAAAGAAUAUACUCCACUAUUUCGGGGAUAUAAAAAUUACGAAUAUCCAAAAUGUGUGCAAAACAUCCUCUAGGAAGAGAUAGACUCACUGCCUCAAUAAUGA